AUGUCGAGACGUACGGUCGCCUUGCCUUCGGGCAGCGCUGGCAGUGCUCCCGCACCCAUCCCUCAAUAUCUAUCGCAAGGAUCCACCCUGAGCAACGGUAGCAAUAGCUCUACCGAUUCGAUCUUGACCCAAGUCCCCAUGCCAUUCUACCUGCCAUUUGGCGCUCAACAGCAAGAGUUCCAGCACGGCGGUACGCAAGAGCAGCCAGGUGGAUAUCAAGCAUCAUUCGGUGGGCCAGACAUGACCGUCCCGGUCAUCCACCCCUUCCAAGCCCCGGUACCAACAUCGCUGAACCCAGGCUCUGCCUCAUUUGCCCCUCCUAACAACGGUUAUGUUCAUGCUGCUUACGGUGUCCUUCCUACCAACUCCGGUGCGCCCAGCUAUGGUCAGUACCAAACCGCCGCUCACAUGGGUCCCGCUUCUGCCUAUCAGGCUCCCAACCCCUACGGACAAGAAGUGAAUGCUCAAGGCGCAAACGUUGGUCAGUAUGCUUUCACUUAUGGCAGCUCGAACCCAAACCAGUUUGGCAACCUGAACCCAAACCCAUAUGGCAACCUGAACUCAAACCCAUAUGGCAACUCGAACCCAGACCCAUUCGGCAAUUACGGACAAGGUGAGAACCGAUUUGGCGCAUACCAACCUCAACCAAACCUACCUGCUACUUACGGAGGAGGCUAUACCAAUGGCGGAGGCUAUACCAAUGGCGGAAGCUAUGCUCCCAACACCUACGGUCCAGUUGGCGGUACCUACGCACCUCAAGGUUAUGGCAACCCUCCAUCCAUGGCCCAGUAUUCCGUUCAAGAACCUGGAGCUGUAGACUGGGUCAACCCUGCGAACGCCAACCGUGGCAAGCCUGCCGGAGCACCAGUCUACAGAAACUCCACGUUCAACGCUGCUGCCCCCGAAUACAAGCCACUGUCCCAAACCGCCGCCGUUCGCACUGCCAACUUCGACAACCGCGCCGAGUUUGCCAAUAACCAGGGUCAGAAUGACCAUGCUGUCAAGAUUCCAUCGAGAACCCCUUCUGCUGAGGUUCAGAACGACCAUGCUGUCAAGAUUCCAUCGAGAACCCCCUCUUCCGAGAUGAAUAUGGGCAGUCGAGCAAACAGCAGACUCUCGACCCGCGGCUCAUCCGAUGCUGAGCAAUCUUCCUCUAUCAGCCACUCAACCGGAGGUAGUGACUCUGUGAUCAGCCCAACCCCAGCUCCUCGUCGCCUCCAUGAGAUCACCUCUGACAAUCACCGCCACGGCGAGAUCCGCACCCUCAGAUCGAGACGAGGCCAGAGUAUCGCUCGCACCACCGAUCAGGCUAUUAUGGAGAGCUGGCUCGAGAAUGUCACUCCUCAGCCCAACGGCGAGUCCCUCGGUGCAAAGCUGAAGGCUACUCCCCCCCAGAUGAUGGAUCUGUUCAAGGCUGGCGGUCUCGAUCCCCAGACCUUGACUCCCGUCAACAAUGACAAUGGCGCUCAUCACACCAGUGAUCCGUUCGUGGGUCCCCGUGCUAGCUCAGCUCUCCAAUUGGUGCAGACCAACCCGUUCGGUCCACCUGCUCAUGCCAACUCCUGGGGUGGUGGGAUGGUGAUUCCUCCACCCACCAUGAGCGCCGAUCUGAGACGCCUCACCCUGGGGAGUUCUGGCAAGCCAGCUGUGGGCGACGCUCUUGAGCCUGCUACCCUACCGUUCGUCGAGUACUGCCGAAACGCCAGAGAGGAUCGCUGGGGUGUCAUCAAGAUCAAGAACAUUCCCUACUCCGUGAACCGUGCUGAGGUCCUCGCCUUCCUUGGCCGCAACGCCCGCAUCAUCAGUGAGCAACAGUACGAGCCCGUCCACAUCGUCAUGGAGCGCGUCACCAGCAAGACCCUGGACUGCUACGUUGAGUUCACCACCUUGGGCGAGGCCGUCAACGCCAUCAAUCGCUUCGAGAGCAACCGCAACGGCGGUCGUGGAGGCCGUCUUGGUCACCGCCAUGUCGAUGUUGAGUUGUCCAGCCAGGAGCAGCUCAUGUGUGAUCUGUUCCCCAAGGCCAAGAACGUCACCUGGUACGGAUCGAGACCCGUCAUCAAGCCCCGAGUCCCUGGAGACGCCUACAACUCCGGCUUCCAGGGUUUCAUCAGCAAGGAGGAGCUGGUCAUGUUGAUCAAGCAUGUUGAGACGCCCCAGCGAUCGCCGUUCUCCAAGGAUUGCCCGCAGCGUCCAUUCGAGUGUCUCAUCAGCACCUUGCUCAAGUAUCCAUGGUACAUGGUCGACUACAUCACCAUUGACGAUCGCAGCCAGCUGUUCCAGACCACCCUCCAACUGAUCGGCCUCCUUCAAGACCGCAUCGCCAACCAGUUUGAUGUUGUCCACCUGACCCCGAUGCUGCUCAAGCGCGUCUGGCGUGCUGGGUUGAAGUGCCCCGGCUUCAGCCCCGCCAUGAAGGAUGACAUUGCGUUCGUAUGUGGUGUUGACGACCAGCUCGCUCACGAGAUGGGUGUUCCUAUGUACGCCCCCUACUGGAAGGACUUCUGGUGCAUCGGCCCCAAGCCUGGAGCUCCCACGGAUCUCAUUAUGUACUACGCCGCCCUCAUGCGUGAGGCCAUCGGCGACAAGCCCGAGAUGACCCUCGCCCAAAAGGCCGCCAACGGCUUCAUCCCCGCCCACCCCGACCUCUUCGGCCAGAUCACCAGCCUGAUGACCGACAUGCCGCGCACCAAGCAGGACCUCAACAACUCGACGCUGGCCCAGAUCGCCCUGAUCGAGUGGGGAGUCAUCGAGAGUGUCUUGCGUCGCGCCUUGACCCCGGCCCUGAUGGCUGGACCUUCCGCCUGA